ACCAAACGGCUUGGUGGUGAGCGAGGCGCACCAACUUGGCUAUAAAUGUUAGCCAAGUGUUUACAAAAAUUGUUGUAGUCAAGACAUUAUCGUAUUUCCGAGUCUAGUUUCAGCGUUCACCCCCCCGUCCACCCCUUGAAAGAAAGAAAGUGGAGUCGUCCAACGGAAAAAGGCUUUGACGUCCACUCCGCCGCUGUGAGAUCAUGCAGCCCGACAGGUCCGAGUACGGCAACAGGCGGCCGUACGGCGACAGAAGUUCAAGGCCGUGGGGCGACUACGAUCACAGGCGGGAAGAACGGCACGAACCUCACAGAGACGCCCCGAAGGAGCCCCAUCAGAAACACGGAGGGAACGGACACGGCGGCCGAGAGAAGACGAGCAGGGGGAGAGAGUACGGCUCGACGAGGACGAGCUCGACGAGGACGAGCUCGACGAGGACGAGCUCGACGAGGACGAGCUCGACGAGAAGACGCGCGUCUUCGUCCGAGUGGGGCGCCUUUGAAAUGAAACGGCCGAGGUUUGCAGAGGACGACAGAGACGAGAGAGGAUACAGGCUGGAGUCCGAGGACGACGCAGACGGGACGUCGCCCGACUGUUUCUCACGCGCACAAGGACUUUAAACAAAUGCCGCCGCAGGAAGAGGACUUCAAGUACAGGAAAACACCUCAAGACUCCAGACACAAAUACGCGCAGGAGGAGUUCACCUACAGGCAGCAACACGACGACUCCAGACAGUCGGCCGGGUACUUCAAAGACAGAGCGGCUCGCGAAAGGAGCCGAGACGGAUCGCAGGAGAGGAAACGAUCCCCGGAUCGCUCUCAGAGUUAUGUCAAACCCAAGUUGAGGAGCGACGGCCCCGCCGCGGACCAGGAUCACCGUCAACACGUCCCACGGUUUCCAUUCAAAGACUCGUGUGGACCGGCCGACCAAAGUCCCGCCGCUCCCGUGCAGAAGUUGGCCGUUGGCUUCCAGCGUUUCCUCAACGUGCUCAACAAGGGCGUGAACGUCGCCACGCUCACCAAGAUCGUGACUCAGACCUCCGCGGGGGAUCGGCCGCGCUCGACGACCUCCUUCGUGAGCGCCGAUCAUCCCUGGUCCGCCGGGUUCGCCGGAGGGCAGCAGGUGAGCCGCCAGAGCACCGGCCACUGGAGCGAGGGCGACGGAGCCCAGAGGCCGGCUCCUCCUCCUCCUCCUCCUCCUUCUUCUUCUUCGCAGCGUCGUCGUGGCCGGUCCGUCAGCCCGACGGGGCGCUCGCCGUCCGACGACAAGUCUCUGCAAAGGGCCGACGGCAGGUCCGGGUCUCCCUCGGCGGAGAGGAGGCCGACGCCCGAAGACGAGCACAAGCGCAGGCAGAUGCAGGACGUCCUGCAGGCCAUCGGCAUGAACUUUGGAUCCGAGGAACUCGGCCAAAUGUCCGAUCGGAUCCAAGAGCGGCUGUACGGCAAGAAGGACAGCGACGGCCCUCGCAAGAGGAGCGGGGAGCGGGACGCCAGGCGAGCGUUCUCCCCGACGCCGCACAGCAGAUCGUCAUCGUCGAGCCGAUCUAGUUUCAGCCCCUUGAAUCGGGAAUAUUACAAGAAGAAAGAGUCCUACGGCGCUCCGGGCGACACGACCGCAGUGCGGCCGUACGAGGGCGUCGACUACGGCCGGAGCGGCGCCUUGCAGGAGGGCGCCGCGAGCGGACCGCACUCCGAGGAAAGCGCCGCCGCCGCUCGUCAAACGUCGUCUCAGAGUUCGGCCUACGCUUUCUUUACGCCGUCUCCUCCGCCGGUCACGCCGGCGUACUCUCCGGGGAUCUGUCCGUCGUACCCGCCUCCGCCCGCGAACCUGCCCCACCUCGGACCCGGGCUUUACUUUCCCGCCUCCUUCCCGUACCCCCGCGGCCCGCCCGCGAGCGUCUAUCCAGAGGUCGAGGCUCAGACGAGACGCCUGCUCCCUCAGAGCGUCAGCGGGUCGCCCUCUCUUUACAAAUACAAGCCGCUGUGCAGGCCGCGCUGUCUGCAGGUCAUCGAAACCAAACAACCUGGAUGAGGAUUGGUGGAAAUGUGACUGAGGAACAUCUAAUACGUUUCCCUGUGGAGAAUAUUAAAAUAUCUUCAUAAAAUAUACAGCUGGGCCUUUUUAAAGUUCCCAAAACACUCAUUGCCUGAAUUAAUAUUUAACCUUUUCAAGCACACAAACCACAAGGCAGAAAAUAAGAAACACAGGAAAUUAGCAGACAACAAAGCUUCUUGACAGACUCGGUCCAGCCUGUUGUUCUUGUCUCCGUUACACGUGUCACGCAAAAAGGAAAAACACUGUGUAAAGAAAGUGUUUAUUAAUCUGUGAAAAUGUUAAUUUUCUUGAUUUUUGUUAUUCAAAUGCCAUGAUUUGAUAAAUAAUAUUUGUCAACGCAAGUCUUUUUGUAUUCUCUACAUGGAAUAGCAGACUAAUCCGGUCUUCAGAGGGUUUUGGGUAACCCACGAUUAAUAAAAAUGUGCUCUUUUUUUUUGUACACAUGCAGAAAAAGGUGGUGUAAAUAUUUGGAUAGCAUAAUAUUAAAUGCAAUGAUUGUAAGUAAAUGAUGAAAGCUGUUUUUCGUGUGUGUAUAGUGAAGGACAGUCUAUUCAGUGCUCAGUCCAUUCAGCACCAAUUGAAUAAACAUGUGGUCAUCAAA